AUGGCGCCUCCAGGCGACCUGUUUGCGCACACCCCGGCUCCCGAUAUGGGUGCCUUGUCGACUUUGAUUGGUCGCGAGGUCAAAACUUCACUUGUCUCUUGUGCCCCCGGUUUUGCGGCAGCCUCGAGUUCUGGCGACUUGCAGACAUCUUACCUGGCCUCUGUCGCAGGAGGCGCGCUCGCCGUUCUUGCUGCUUCCGAGUCUUCUUCUGCCUCCGCGGCUGGUUCUAUCUCCUGGUCCUCUUUCGCCUCUCCCGCUGUCACCAACAAGAAGGACGACGAUUCUUCUGGGCCCUCUCCUCCCCUUCCGCCACCACCGUCGUCCAGCCGUUCAAGAAGAGGAGACCGGUGCAAGCGGUGCAUUUGGCAGCGAAAAGGCUGUGACGGCGUACGACCCGUUUGUGGAAACUGUGCCAGAAGUGCCAAACAUCGAAGCAACUGCCAGUGGCCACAUGGUCGUCCGACAAGAAGACAUUUGUCGGAAAUGCUUGCUCAAGGAGGGAACGCCGGUUCUGCCAGUCCUUCAACAUCAUCGUCUGCUGCUCCUGCUGCCCUCGUCGCCGCUGCGGCGGGUCCCACCGUCGUCGCCGUUGCACAACAACCACCUCAACAAGGAAACUCCCCUGUGCCCCAGCAACCUGAGGCAGCUCGAACUAUGGCCCAAGUCAUCAAUCCAGUUGUCGUCCCUGGUUCAAUCCUCAACAUCCCAGAGCCGCAGAAGGAGAAUUACUUGACCGUCACCCCAGACCAUGCAUGGGGGAAUCAUGCUGGCUAUCGAGCCAUUCCGGACGGUAAUCAAAGAUAUACCUUGAUGCGCGAGUAUGUAUACAGACCAGGUCGACCACUGGAAGAGUGUGAGACAACAUAUUUCUCCGAGAGUGCUGCGACUCCGACCGCGACCGCUUCUGCCACCGCCACUGCCAAUCCUUCUGAGACUGCUGGUCCGGCUGGUCCUGAUACACCUUCUGCAGCUCCUACCGUUACCGCUGCGACUCCUGCUCAACAACUGCAAUGGAACUGGCCACCACACGACAUCGUCGGUCCUGAGGGCACAUUCAAUCCCAAUCCUCCACACAGAGAUCUCAGCGCUCCUCAGUCUCUGGGCAGACUCUUACACGAAAGCAGGGUGACCGAACCAACCGUCCGACUCGAUCGUCACAUUCAGUUUAAUGCACCAGUCGGAUACCUACUCCACGAGCAACACCAGCAGAACGAGGCCAACGUGGAAGGCAAUGCCAGAAGCGCAGGCGACAAUCAUAUCCCCGAUGCUGACGACAUCUGGCGCUUCACCAACUUCGAUGGCACCGAGAAGAUCUAG